AUGCUGUCAGGGAUCAAUCUCUGCUCCCUCUUACUGGGCGCCACCCUCGUGCAGUCUGUCCAACUAAGCGACCAUGUACAGGCACUUUUCAACGAGUCCAUGGCAAUUCAGGACGCCAUUUAUGACCCAUCCGUCUCAUACCUCCGCUACUUUUACUACCCCCUCGCUGCUGGUACGCACGAGACCAGGUCGACAGUUUGGUACUCUGUCGGACUCCUGCACCGUAACCGCGACAAUGAUGUCGACGAGGCUGUCAAGAUCCUCCGGAACGUCAUUGGUGAUCAGGAGAAAAAUGUCUCUGCGCAGUGGUAUGGGGAUUACACCGUCUACCCUGAGCAACCGACCGUCAGCAGUCCAGCCUAUCCCCCGGUGAUCUAUAACUCUUGGGAUCCCAACUGGAGGGGCUUUAUCGGCACCGCACUGAUCAUCAUCUACGAAGAGUUCCGCAGUCUUCUGCCCGAAGAUGUCCAGGACUUGGUCCUUGAAAGUCUGUACAACAGCACGAUAGGCGACAGCUACCGAGUCGGUGGUGUGGAUGGUGACAACCUGUAUCCGGCCUACUCGAAUGCUUGGUUGAUGAGAACGGUGGUCAGCUCAUGGACUGGCCGCAAGCUGAACGACGCCAACAUGACCGCCGCAGGAGAUGCAGAUGCCCAAGCCUUUUUUGAGCUCUUUGAUCGCAAUCAGACCUUGUCCGAGUUCAACGGUCCAACCUACGCCGGCGUCUCUCUUUACGCUCUCACCAUCGCCGCCAAAUAUCUGCAUUCGACCAACUCGACCAUCGGCCAGAAUGCUGUACGUGCCAUCCAGCAAAUCUGGGACUAUGAAUCUCGACUCUGGAAUCCUCACAUGAGGAAUAUCGCUGGGCCGUGGGAUCGCUCCUACGGAUACGACAUGAACAACUAUGUUGCUAUCAUGUCCAUAUGGCUGUGGACGUUGAUCGGAAAAGACGGCGUCUGGAAGAAUAGCUCUCCAAUCUGGACCAUGGCGCAUGCGGAUGACUUUGAGAUUGCCCCAGUGAUUGCUGUACUGUCCGACUUUCACAGCGAACUGAUUCCGUCGUGGACCGUGUCCCGAUUAAAGACAUUUGGCGGGCAACAUACGUACACGGGACACGCCUAUGCUCCGCCCGCCGACUACGAACCACGGAAUAUCACGACUUGGCUGUCAUCAGAUCUGACAAUUGGUACCCAGUCAUUCAAUCAAAGUGUAGUUGGAGGCUUCUCUGAGGACUCCAGUUCGUUCAGCCCAUCCGUCGUUCAAUGGAUUCGCUCCGACCAGUCCAUCGGCUACUUCAACCUGUAUCCAACCGAGACCGCUCUCAAGGCCGAGGUAGCUCCCUACUCACUGAACCUGACAUAUCCUUUGGGUAAUUCGUCUAGCACUUUUACCUUUGCCGUUGCUUCCAAUCCCCUCGGCAAGAAGCGAGAUCUCACUACGCUGGGCGACGUGGAUGGUAUCAGGAUUGAGGUUGGCGGCACCGUCAAUCCGGACCCCGUCAUCUCAUUCUGUGGCCUAGUUGGUGGUGACUGCGAACCCAUUCAUGGAUUCGAGUUUUGGAACGUCAGCUUUUUCAUGCCGGCGAAUAGCAGCGAGUCCCCGCAGAUUCAGUUAAAGUUCAAUCUAGAGUGA